GUGUUUCCAGAAUUGUGAGAGGAAGCGAGGAUCACGGUCACUGAUGACGUUCUCGGGGAGGACGUGAUGGCGAGCAACAUGGUCGAAGAAGAGUGUGGCGAUGUCUUUGGCGUUGUGCGAGGUCGUGCAAGGGACGAAGUGGGCAUGUUUGGUCAAGCGGCAAACAAUGACGUAGAUGCAAUCAUGCCCGCGGUUGGUCUUGGGGAGGCCCCACACGAAGUCCAUGGAGAUGGACUGCCACCGGAUGGAGGAGACGACGGUGUUGUCAGUGCGGAUGGUGAAGUAUUGUCCGUCGAGGUACGGGCGCCAGACUGUGAGGGCGUGAAUCACGGCGAGGAGUUCCUUCUCGUUGGAGGGGUAAUUCAUCUCCGCGGGAAGGAGCUUCUUGCUUGCCAAGGCAAUGGGGUAUUCGCCAGGUGGAGCCUCGGGGUCAGUGGGCGAGUCCUAGAUGGAGGGGGUCUCGACGGUGUCGCGGGGGAAAUGUUGGGACAGUACGGCUCCAAUGGCGAAGUCGGAGGCGUCAGUGGUAACAUAGAAAUGGCGAGUGGGGUCGGCAAUCUUGAGGACAGGGGCCGUGGUGAUGGUUUGCUUGAGUCGAGUGGAGGCGGACUGGCGGGUGAAUUGUGCGGCGUUGGGGCACUUGGUUUGUUGGUGCCCCAAUUGGCGACUACGGAAGCAGCCUCUGUUUGCUUGGAGGAUUGGGCCAUGUUGCGGGAAGAUGGAGUGGAUGCGGUGGCUGAGGCGUCGGCUGCGAAUGAGGUGGAGGCAGACACGACGGCAGCGGCAACAGCAGCGGCGACGUCAGCGGCUGCGCGUUGGGAGGUCUCGUUUUGGCGUGGUGGCAUGCGGAGAUGUAGGUGUGGCAGGGGUGGGGGUGGGGAGGGUAUUUACAACAUUAAUUGAUUUAUUCAAAAAAAAGGUUUUUGCCAAAACAAUAAAUGAAUAAAAUGAGAAUUA